UCAUUGGUGUACAGUACGGAGUGUCUGUGCUUGCAAUGUUUUCUACUACCAGUGGGAAAGGCGCAACACAUAAUUUGCUGUAAAAGUAUAGCAGGACAUCCGCGUGAUGACGUUCUCUUUUUCUUUUCUUUUUUCUUGCCAGCGAAUUCAAAUUUGGUACAGUGAUUGACAAGGUCCUAUUCAAAUAAAACAUCCCGCGGAGAGCGUGCACGCUUUUUUCAACCGUGCACGGGAGGCGUGGAGCUCGCGCUUCUGACAUUCUCUUCUCUCCCGCAGUAGCUCUUCUCCAGUGAGCCCUCAUGACAUCAUCCAGACACCGCGGCUGAAGAAAACACUUUCUGAGUGCGUGUAUGUGUGUGUGCAGAGGAGCGAUGUUUUAAUACAGCCGGACGUGUUCGAGCAGAUCUUUUAAUUGGAGCAUAUAAAGCGGAGCAAAUUCCGUGGGAAUAGUUUGUUUUGAAAACAGUGGAGAUCACCAACAUCGCCAAAAGGCCCUUUCUGAAAGAAUGCAACUUCGUGUACUUCGAGUUAUUGUUUGUACUGUCUGUGUUCUCGACAUGGAGUAGCUCGGAAGGGGGUGGAAGCGGUGUUCCUUGACUCAGUUUCUCGCUUAUGGACGACAGUAGUCCCCUUUCUCCAAAGGCAAAUGCUUUCAGUAUUGCCUGUCUGAUUUCAGCGAGGGAUCAAGCAGGAAACACCACGUUUGACAAACACGCCACUAGCCUGGACAAGCAAGCGGUGCAAAACUGCUCCAGAUACAUUAAAAUGCAUUACAGCACUGUCACGCGGGAGAUGGAAGCAAUAUCAAGCCCGUGGCUGACGCAGCUGUCCCAUUUUUGCGAUGUUGCAGCCUUCACGACCAGCAGCCUGAGCAGCCUCAAUACGCCCGGGAGUUACCAUCUCUCUCCUUCUCCUGGGGAUCCAUACAGCCAUCAUGAAAGCCAGUUUGAGCCGUGCCCGGCUGCCCAGCACGCCUACAACUAUUCCGGAUCCAACUCAGCACAAGCCCCGGCACAAGGAGACAGCGGGACCUCCAAUUGCUCCUCGUCGUCGUCAAGCUCAACGCCGAACAAAACGCUGGUGAAAAAGAACCCUAAAGUAGCCAAUAUUAAUGUACAGUUGGAAAUGAAGGCACUCUGGGAUGAAUUUAAUCAACUUGGGACUGAAAUGAUUGUCACAAAAGCCGGGAGACGAAUGUUUCCUACAUUUCAAGUCAAAAUAUUUGGAAUGGACCCAAUGGCAGAUUACAUGCUCCUGAUGGAUUUCCUACCAGUGGAUGAUAAACGAUAUAGGUAUGCCUUCCACAGUUCUUCGUGGCUGGUGGCCGGGAAAGCCGAUCCAGCGACUCCAGGAAGAGUGCACUAUCACCCCGACUCACCUGCCAAAGGAGCGCAGUGGAUGAAGCAGAUAGUUUCCUUCGAUAAACUAAAACUAACCAAUAAUCUAUUGGACGACAACGGACAUAUCAUACUGAACUCAAUGCACAGAUACCAGCCCAGAUUCCAUGUGGUCUACGUGGAUCCUAGGAAAGACAGCGAGAAAUACGCCGAAGAAAAUUACAAGACAUUUGUUUUCGAGGAGACCAGAUUUACCGCCGUCACAGCCUAUCAAAACCACAGAAUAACACAACUGAAAAUCGCCAGCAAUCCGUUUGCCAAAGGCUUCAGAGACUGUGAUCCCGAGGACUGGCCCAGGAAUCACAGGCCAGGCUCGCUACAAAUCAUGAGUGCUUUUGCUCGAACCAGAAACCCCAUGUCUUCUCCCCCACAACAGAACGGCACAGAAAAAGAGGACAGCAGGCGAGAAUAUGACCGUGACCCCAGUGGGAAUCCUCUGCAUUCUGACCCCACUCACCAGCUAAUGUCUCGAGUCCUCAGCCCUGCCCUUCCAGUCCUCGGCGGCCUCCAUGCCGUGCCCCUCACAGCUGGCCCACGCAGCCCACCUCACGAACUUCGCCUCGACGGACACCCGCAACCACCAGACACCCUGCAUCAUCAUCCCUACAAGUAUCCAGCCACCUACGAACACUACCUGGGAGCCAAAACCAGGCCGUCCCCCUAUCCCUCACCCAGCAUUAGAGGCCACGGUUACCAUCCACACAUGAACCCAACCACAGCCAACAUGUACUCUGCGACGAGCGCACCGACUAAUUAUGACUACGGACCCAGAUAAUGACUGAUUAAACUGAAAACACACACACAUACCUUUGUGUCUUGGACUCACUUGUUGAGUUUUGGAUUGGACACAUCUUUUGUAGUGGCUUCUGACGGACGAGAAGAGGAGCUGCCAUAUUUAUUGAAGGGAGAGAUGUCACAAAUGUCCUUGUGGAGCAUGUGGACAACAUUUGCUCCGGACGGCCUGUGAACUCAGAAUCAGACAAUGAAAGGCCACUGGGAAACUGCAGUAUAACUAGUGUUUGGAGAUAUGAGGAGGACUUCUUUAGACAAAUGAUGCAUUAUCACGGACUGGAAUUGAACUUUUGUGUUGGAUGCACUUUUUUGUUUUUGCUUUUAAAAAGCCAUAAGUUAUAUAUAUAUUACCCUUGAGCCAUUGAGCUUCUAGAUAGAUGGAUUAUUUGCAUGUCGCGCUGUUUUGAAGGUGCUGAAAUGCCCUGAUUUUUAAUUCUUUUUUUUUUUUUCGGGAAAAUGCUAGACCACCUUUAGCAGAUCCGUGAAGCUUGUAACGUGGCACUGACGUACAGCAAUUCAAAUAAAUAAAUGAACAGAAUGGCUGUGCUGAACUUGUAAAAUAAACAUUAAAUAUUUUACCUUUAAA